UGGAAAGCCCUUGAGAGGGACUUAAUUGUUUGAGUUGGAGAUGGAGAUAGAGCGAGUCCUCCAUAUGAACGGAGGGUUGGCAAAACAAAGCUACGCAUGCAACUCCUCCCAUCCAAAGACUGUGAUAUCUAUGGUGAAACCAAUACUUGAAGAGAGCGUACUGGAGCUUUAUUUCUCCAUGUUACCAGACUGCUUAAGGAUAGCAGAUCUAGGCUGCUCUGUAGGGCCUAAUACUCUUCUGGUGGUAUCUGAGAUCAUAGAUGUCAUCGAAGCGUCAUGUCAAAGACUAAAUCACUCCCCUCCUUCCAUACAUGCAUUCCUAAAUGAUCUUCCUGGAAAUGAUUUCAAUACUAUUUUUGGGUUUUUACCAAGUUUCUAUAAGAACCUGGAGAAAGAGAAGGGAGACAAGUUCAAGCAAUGUUUUAUAGCAGGAGCACCGGGGUCUUUCUAUGGAAGGCUCUUCCCUAACAGUUUUCUUCACCUUUUCCAUUCUUCUUAUGCCCUCAUGUGGAUUUCUAAGGUACCAACAGAGUGUGAAACAGGAGAAGCACUAAACAAGGGAAAUAUAUGCAUUGCAAAAACAAGUCCUCCACCUGUGACAAAGGCAUACUUAGAGCAAUUCAAAAGAGAUUUCACGGUCUUCUUGAAGUGUCGUGCCGAGGAAAUGAUCCAUGGAGGUCAUAUGGUCAUAACAACCAUGGGCAGCAUCAAAAGUGAUGAUCCUCUCACCAUGUGGGAAUUUGUUGGACUGAAACUCAAUGAUAUGGUCUCUGAGGGCUUGAUUGAAGAGGCAAAAUUGGACUCCUUCAAUUUGCCAUACUAUGCUGCUACUGCAGAAGAAGUAAGGGAAGUGAUAGAAGCAGAAGGAUCUUUCAGUACAAAGAAAUUUGAGGCUUUCAAUUUGGAUUGGGACAGUUACAUAAAGAAAGUCGACAGCAGCCUAGGGAAGCAAGAAAGAGCAGCCAUAAUUGCCACUGACAUCAGAGCUGUUGGUGAACCUAUUUUGGCAAGUAAGUUUGGAGAAUCAAUCAUGGACGACUUGUUUCAGAGGUUUAAAGAUGAUGUUCUUGAUUACAUGGAAGCACAUGGAUGCCAGUACAUCAAUCUGGUUAUCUCCUUGACAAAGAAGGAUUGAAUCUUUAUUAUAUAAUAAUUCAAUCAAAAUCUACUUAAUUUGGAUUUCCUUCACCAAAUAACUGCCUUAAAUAUUUCAUGCUCUUUAAACCAACAAAGAUUUGAAAAAAAUUAAUGUUAAGCUGCCUUUUUCAGGUUCUUGUAUCAUCCUAUAGUUCUUUUUUCUUUUUGGUUUUUUUUUUAUCAUGUUCUUCCAUUGAACAACUAUAAGUAUAUUCCUUUGAGGAGAAAGUAUUAAAUGAGACGAAUAAAUUGCACAAUAAAAU